AUGAAGCUCAACGUCUCGUUUGUUGUCCUAGCGCUGGCCGCGUCCGCCGUCACUAUCGCAACCCCUUUGCCCAAACCUGGCUGGGGUAGCAUUAGCCGCCAGCUCGGAGAGGUCUUCACCGGUCCCACCGGCUCUGCCUCUCGCGAGGCAGGCGAAGGGGCAGCAUCUCAUGGCUCUGCAGCUGGCAAUCCCGGAAAUCAUCAAGGGGCGUACAACUAUGGUGGUGGAUACGACCAAGGCGACUCGUAUGCUGCUCAUUCAGCUCCUCAACCCGGCUACAGCGGGGGUGGCGCUGGUUAUGCUGCCGCUCCUCCUGCUCCUCAGUCCGGCCAAGGCGAAUUUCAUGCUGUUCCUGCCCCUGCACGUGGGGGCGGCGAUUAUGCUGCCCAUUCUGCUCAGCACGCUGGCUACGGUGAAACUUGGUCUGCUCCUGCCCCUCCUCAACAGUACGUUCCGUUCCAACACACCAACUCGCCUGAUCACGGAACGUCUUUUUCUGCCGAGUACGAUUAUUUCAACGCACGACGUAAUCCAGAACCAAAGCAGGAGAGUGCUGGGCAUGGCAGCAUGUUCAACAGCGAAUAUUAUCCUUACAAUAACGGAGGUGAGAAGCAUUCCUCUUACCCUUCGGAUUACCGCUGGGGCAACUUCAUUGCUGCCCCCGCGGGCCCGCUGACACCCGGAGAGGCCCAGAAACUGGAAGAGAUACUCCGCGCCUUCUCUCUCAGCAGCGACGCCGGAACCGCUCACGCUGCUGAAGGGCAGUCUUCCAACUUUGUCUCCGGCACACACGGCGCCCACUUGAACCCCGCCGGAUCCACCUACGAGCAUGCCGCUCCUGCUUCCGACACGCAUCGAUCAGACUCGCAAGCCGAACGCACCCGGUCUAGCGCCGUGGCGGAAAAGAAGACCGAGAGCCCGAUUCAGAGGCUCAGGCGGGUCGCAACAAUUCGACGUAAGAAUCGAGUCCAGUGGGAUAAUGUUAUCACGCUCGCGGUCGAACAGCAUAAGAAAGACUUGCUUGCCAAGGGCGAGACGAGCGCGCUGACCACGACGGACAUCCAGGCUGUUAUACGCAAGUUGGGCGGCGUGAACAAGGACUGA